AUGAAGUUUCCCCUUGCCCUCCUUGCUCUGGUCCCCGUUGUGGCCUUUGCUGCUCCUCUUGAGCCGCGCCAGGGUGGUGUCGCUGUCAACUGCGGCGGCAAGAGCUACAGCGCAUCGCAGGUAAACCGUGCCAUCAGCAACGCUUUGAGCGGUCAGUACUCGAGUUCCGGCUACCCUCACACUUACAACAACUACGAAGGAUUCGACUUUUCUGAAUACUGCAACGGCCCAUACAAGGAGUACCCCCUGAAGACUUCAUCUUCUGGAUACACUGGCGGAUCGCCUGGUGCUGACCGCGUCGUGUAUGACAGCAACGAUGGCACUUUCUGUGGAGCUAUCACCCACACCGGCGCUUCGGGUAACAACUUUGUUGGAUGCGACUACUAA